AUGGCCACCGCAGCAGCAGCCAAGCGCCUCUCCGGCAAGACCAUCCUCAUCACCGGCGCCUCCUCCGGCAUCGGCCGCUCGACCGCCCUCGAGUUCGCCCGCACCAGCCCCCAGAGCCUGCGUCUCAUCCUCACCGCCCGCCGCGAGGACGCGCUCAGGGAGCUCCGGGACCAGAUCCGGAGUGAGGUAGGCGAAGGCGUAGAGGUCUUGCCGGUCAAGCUCGAUGUGUCUGAUGCCGAUGCCGUGAGGGGGUUCGUGGGGGAGCUACCUGAGGAGUGGAGGGAUAUCAAUGUUCUUGUGAACAAUGCUGGUCUCGUCAGGGGUGUCGACCGAGCUCCCGACAUCAAGGAAGACGACAUCAACGUCAUGUUCGCGACCAACGUCACCGGCCUCAUCAACAUGACUCAGGCCAUUCUGCCCAUCUUCCUCAAGCGCCCUAACGGCGGCCAGGGCGACAUCAUCAACAUCUCCUCUAUUGCCGGACGUGAGUCCUACCCCGGCGGCUCCAUCUACUGCGCGUCCAAGGCCGCUGUCAAGAGCUUCACCGAUAGCUUGCGGAAAGAGCUCAUUGCGUCGCGCGUCCGUGUCAUCUCCGUCGAUCCUGGACAAGUCGAGACUGAAUUCUCCGUGGUUCGAUUCUAUGGUGACAAGUCCAAGGCCGAUGCCGUGUAUGCCGGAUGCACUCCUCUCACCCCCAAUGACAUCGCCGAGGUCAUCGUGUUCACAGCUACUCGCCCAGAGAAUGUUGUUGUCGCCGACUCCCUCAUCUUCCCCAACCACCAGGCAUCUGCUACAAUCAUGCACCGUAAGGCAGCAUAA